AUGUCAACCCAAGCUGCUCCGGCCAUCCCUCCUCGACCGGCUCGAUCUCCCAAACCACCGCUGUCAUCUUCAUCAUUAGAAAUGCCCAAGAUACCGCCGCGCCCGGGCAACCGCCGCAAUGAUCGUUCUGUUUCGCCCUUGCGUGAUAGCUAUGCACCUUCGCCGUUCAAUGAAUGGACCGGUCCUAGCAUGAGCCGUACCGUUUCGAAUGAUCUGCCUCCACGUCCCCCAAGCGUCACAAUACCGUCUCUCGGCGAGGAGGGUAUUGAAUAUGCGGAUCUCGACCCAGGAAACGUGGGGGAUAACCACCACCAGACACCUGCGGAGACUCGCAAUGUUAGCAGUGAUCUUAAGAUCCAUGCACCGAGACCUUCGUUGCCGAUAUCAAGUGCUGAAGCAAAAGUCCAGGCUGUCACCCGCACUGAUUCCCGACAGGCUGCUGCGGCAGGACUAGGCCGAGGCGUUUCGCCUGCUCGCGAGGAACCAGAACGUUCAAGUCGUUCACUACAUUCCCGAACGAGUGGCUCACGCGCCGAAUCCUCAACUGUAUCCAAUGAGCGCCGACACUCUGCUCAUACCAAAGAAGAGCAGGGGUUCCGCGUCCCCAUGUAUCCCCAUGCCGGUGAGGUUCAGGCACCAUCCCCCAGCCCGUACCUUGAACAAGGCUCGCAGCGGUCGAGCCGUAACCACAACCGCACUCGUAGUGCUCGGGACUCUUCCCUCCCCCCUGGUAGUUACGGUUUGCACGGACAUGGUAUUCAGCAUCCCGAUAAGUUUGAGAAGGCUUGGUAUGAAAAGCAUCCCGAUGAAUUCGUGAAGGAAGAAGGACAAUAUGGCCCUGGUGUCGGUACUCCGCGUCCUGAUUGGGCAAUGAGUAGCGAUGAUCUGAACAAGAUUGUUCGAAGCUCAGCCCAGACCGGUUCUGGUCUUGGUACUUCCCCAAACGUUGUGGGAACCCCUGAAGAGGAAGUCGGGUAUAUCGCGUCCGACGAGUACAUACAUCAAAUUGCUUCCCCCCCUCCUGACGCUCGAUUCGAAAGCCAGCCGAGUGUUGAGUCGCCACUUCGACAGAUGAGUUUCCCUUCAGAAGCCAUGGAGAAGCAAAACACCGCAAGCCCGUUGCGUCAACGCAGAUCCAGUUCGCAUGGACAUCGUGAUGGUGGCGUAAUCCAUGUGGAUGAUCCGAUGCAUCCUUUGCACCACCCGGACGGGUUUGCCCCAACCCCCGCGCUAGAAGAGGAUGAGCCGACAUAUGAGAAUGCCGUGGAGGAGGAAGAGCCAAUUUUAGCUGCCGAUGAAGUGGGCCCUGAGUCGGCGUACUUACAUCCUGCCGUCUCGCCGACAUUUGAUCGUCGGGCAAGCUACGAGGAUGAUGGCCGCAGUCGAACCCCCAGUGUCACGCACAGUCGUUCCAACAGUCGAUCAGCAAGCGCCCAAGGCCAAUUCCCGGUGCUGACCCGUUAUGACUCGCGUGAGGAUACGCAUACACCUCUUGAAGACGUGGACGAGUAUGAGCCGUUGUUCCCCGAAGAGGAUUCUAAGAAUGAGAAAGCCGUGUCAGCUGCGGAUCGUUUCAAGAAACGGCCCGACUCACUCAAGCAUAGAUUUCCUAGCCAGGAUAUCUGGGAGGAUACUCCGGACAGUCUGCAGCUUCAGGCCACUGUCACCACUCCAGAUCUGCCUAAGCGAGACUCUUCCGAAAUUUUCGAGACACCCGAGCAAGAGGCCACACGCAGGAUGCAGAACACCAAAGUCGACCCUCAUCAAGUGGCCGCUCACAUCCUAGAAGGUGAGAGCGCCAAGGACAAGGUCCCCGCGCGACCAGACACCUUGAAACAGCGUUUCCCCAGUAGAGAUAUUUGGGAAGAUGCUCCCGAUAGUCACCAGCUGGUGACCAGAAUUGAGCCUGCAAAAGAAGAAUUGAAAAGUCCGGAAGUGCCUUCCAAGCCUGGAAUUCCCCCGCGCCCGCAAAGACAGCCUCAGUCUAUCUCACCGACCGAGAAGCGCCAGCCACCAACAAUCCCAGAGAGGCCCAAGCCCCAGGUCCCUACCCGUCCCGCUAAAUCCGGCCCCCAGGCCACAGCAGGCACUACUGAAGCCCCGAGAGAAGCUCCUGCAGUCAAGGCCAAACCCGCAAUCCCUGUUCGUCCGGGUGGAAGCAAGAUCGCAGCCAUGAAGGCGGGCUUCCUCACCGAUCUCAAUUCACGCCUGCAGCUUGGCCCACAACAGCCCAAGCCUCAGGAAAAGGAGCCCGAGGCGCCGGUUGAGAAGCAGCCUCUGAGCGAUGCUCGCAAGGGAAGAGCCCGCGGCCCAGCACGACGCAAGCCAGCCGUCGAGAAAACCACUUCCAGACUCCCCACUAUUCCAGAGAUUAAGAUCACGGAAGCUUUGAAUAUUUGGCAAGUCGGCCAGGAUGGGAACCUGGUUGUUGGGACAGACAACGACGAGGGGAAGCCUUCCGCUGCAGUGAAAGAACCAUGUGUGCCCAUCGAACACCCAAUGGCCCCUCCACUCGCCAAGAACACCGCCGGCGAAUCUGUAGACCCAACACCUGAAUCUCCCGUUGCGGAGGACGUGACAUCGCCCGGAGCCACAACAUCGGAUGUGCAGCCUGUUCAGACUCCAGCAGAGCUCAAGGAACCGACUGAAUCGUCUCUGUUUGCAGCCAAAUCAGCAGAUAAUGAGGAGGAGAGAAACAACGUAUACGUGACAAAGUCCUCUGAACCUGCGUCUGAACCUGCAGCUGUUGCCGCGGCGAUGGCUGAAUCCUUCUCGACUCCAGUUAAAGUGGAUGAUGCCCUGGAAGAUAUGACUGCCUCAGCUGACGGCAAGAAGGAGACUGAUGGUAUCAUUCACCCUAAACAGUAG